AUGCACACCAUUGCCUUAGCACGUGCUUUGGCCUUGUAUCACAAAAUCUUGUAUUUUGGCCUUAAGCCUCAACCCAACACCUUCGUUUUCAACCCAGCUACCCACGAGUCUGCCCGAAUACCCGAUGCCCCGACUCCUUACGGGUUCGAUCACACUAUUUUGGCAUAUGGGUUCGGUUACGCUCCCUCUAUCGACGAUUACAAGCUCGUCAAGGCCGUCAACGCACCUCUCGUGGUCGUGUUUUCACUGAAAACCAGCGCGUGGAAAUUGGUCGAGGGCUUUCACUACGAGAAGCCGACUGAGGUAUGGGAAGGCCCACUCCCAUGUGGGACUCAUCUCAACGACGCUCUCCACUGGGUAUUCAAGCUUUGCGGCGGAGGUGAGUGUGUCAUCGCCGCCUUUGAUUUAGAAACCGAUACCGUUUCGAGAAAUGUCGGUACCGGCAAUUUUGUGUCGGGUUUCAUCACUGGGUUUUUGAAAGGGUGCCUUUGUUUGAUGGAUCGUGUCUUUGGUCUAAGGCGUUGA